AUGUUGUCCUGUUUUGUCUGGCUCUCUCUCCCCAACUUGGUUAACACUUUUGUAACCUCAGGAAAGCUGUACCUUAACGGGAGCCUGGAGAAGACUUUUGUAAUCCCAAACGUCUCCGGUUUGUUUUCCUGGGAUAAUGACAGCCUGGCCGACUGGCAGAGCUUUGUGGACAGGAGCCCAUAUGGAGCAGAGUCGCAGAGCAUCAGGGUGAAAGCCCUCCUCAUCACAGCCUACUCCUUCAUCAUGGUCUUCUCCCUCUUGGGCAACAUCCUGGUCUGUCAUGUUGCCAUCAAGACCAAGCGCUUGCACUCCGCCACCAGCUUGUUGCUUGUGAACCUGGCGGUAGCUGAUCUCAUGAUCACGCUCCUCAACACGCCUUUUACGCUGGCUCGUUUUGUGAACAGCACCUGGAUAUUUGGGAAGGGGAUGUGCCACGUCAGUAGGUUUGCACAGUACUGCUCCCUCCACGUCUCUGCUUUGACCCUCACAGCCAUUGCCGUGGACAGGCACCAGGUUGUAAUGCACCCUCUGAAACCUCGCAUAUCUACUGCUAAAAGUCUUAUCUGUAUCUCUAUAAUCUGGAUCAUGGCAGCCUGUUUUUCUCUACCACAUGCUAUCUACCAAAGACUCUUUACCUUUGAAUACAGUGAGGAGGUUACCCGGUGCCUGUGUCUGCCAGAUUUUCCUGAGCCUGCUGACCUCUUCUGGAAGUACCUCGACCUAACAACCUUCAUUCUGCUCUAGGUCCUGCCCCUCCUGAUUAUCUCUGCUGCCUACAUGACAGUGGCCAAGAAACUCUGGCUGCGCAAUGUCAUUGGAGACGUCACCACUGAGCAGCACUUUGCCCUUCGCAAAAAGAACAAGAAGACCAUAAAGAUGCUGAUGCUCGUUGUCUUCCUCUUUGCAGUCUGCUGGUUCCCCUUGAAUUGCUAUGUUGUCCUCCUCUCCAGCCAGACCAUCCACACCAACAACGGCCUCUACUUUGCCUUUCACUGGUUCGCAACGAGCAGCACCUGCUGCAAUCCUUUCCUCUACUGCUGGCUCAACGACAGCUUCCGAUCAGAACUAGCUCUGCUCAACAUGUGCAGAAAACCUCCGGUGCCCACAGAACAGAGGCUUGCCUCCACACUCCCAUCCUACCGGCUGCCUUGGCCAGAAAGUGGCAACUUCGAGAGGUUACAGACCUCCCGUGUCCUUCCAUCAGCCUCCAACACCCAGUCAGGAAAGGCUGACAUCUCUGCAGCCGAGCCAACAGUAGCUGUGAAGUAA